AUGGGCUGUGUUUCAUCGAAAAAGAAAUUAUCCAAAGCAGAUUUAGAUUUUCUUCAAGACAAUACGGAAUUUACAAAAGAUCAAAUUAUGGAAUGGUAUGAAGGUUUUAUUCUCGAUUGCCCCAAUGGUGAAUUAACAAAGAAAAAAUUCAUUCAAGUCUAUCGUCAAUUUUUUCCCAAUGGACAAGCCGAAGCAUUUUGUACACAUAUAUUUCGUACUUUUGAUGCAGAUAAUUCAGGCAAAAUUGAUUUCAAAGAAUUUCUGAUGGCAAUAAAUAUUACAGCUAAAGGAAAUCCUGAAAAGAAAUUAAAAUGGGCUUUCAAAAUGUAUGACAUUGAUUCAAAUGGAAGUAUUGAUCGACAAGAAAUGCUUAGAAUUAUAGAAUCAAUUUAUGAUUUACUCGGUGCUGGUAUUGCAAAAAAUGCAUCGAACGGUGCACUUGCAGGUCGUGAUCCAAAUGAUACACCAGAAAACCGAACAACGCAAAUAUUUGCCAUUAUGGAUGAAGAUAAAAACGGAGUUAUUACAGAAGAAGAAUUUAUUCGCGGCUGUCUAGCUGAUCGAGUUCUAUAUCAAAUGUUAACGGCCGACACAAGCGAACCUGAUCGAUAA